AUGGCCCCAGCACUACUUAUCGAAGAACCUCCCAACACAACAGAGGCUGCCCAGCCUCAAGUACUGGCAAAGCCAAAAAGCAAAACUCAUCAAAUCAGGAUUCCUCCAUUCUCGAUCAUGAGACCUCUGCCUCUUGGAGAUGCGAUGGAUGGAUAUAAAUAUUCUGACAUCGGUCGCUACCUUGGUAGAGAAUACGCUGAUGUUCAGAUCCGGGAACUCUUGAAGGACCCUGACUCUGAUGCUAAGCUCCGUGACCUUGCUAUCACAAUCAGCCAACGGGGUGUUGUCGUGUUCCGCAACCAAGAGAUUACCCCUCAGGAGCAGAAGGAUUUCACCAACCGUCUUGGUCAACUCACCGGCAAGCCUAGUACAUCUGGGAUCCAUAUUCAUCCAAUUAACCAUACGUCUCUUGAAGGCGGUAAGGUCGAUGCUGAAAUGUCUACAAUCGCCCGCAACCCAAAGAAGAUGUUGUCAAAGCAGACUGGUGUUGACGGGAAGUCACGCGUGAAGAAGCAGUCGGCUGCUGACGGGUGGCAUCACGACAUUGGUUUUGAAAACAAUACGUCCGACUAUACUUCAUUGAUCAUGAGAGUCGUUCCCGAAUACGGAGGUGAUACUGUUUUCGCCAGUGCAUAUGAAGUAUACGACAGGCUUUCUGCCCCUUACCAGAAGUUCCUCGAGGGUCUAACCUGCACGUUCCGACCUGUGGGUUUUGAGGAGGACCCCGAGGUUGCUCAUCUUUACGCCAUCCCCCGCGGAUCGCCUUUCAACAUUGGUCCCAGUCUCACUGCAGUACACCCAAUGCUGCGAACCAACCCAGUGACAGGCUGGCGCACUGUUUUCGGGGUUGGACAUCAUGCUCAACGAAUCAACGAGCUUACAGAAACGGAGAGCCAGAGAUUGUUGAAAUCUAUGUCCGAUUUGAUUACGGAAAACCAUGACCUCCAGCUACGCAUGAAGUGGGGUGUGAAUGACUUGGCGGUUUGGGAUAACCGUUCUGUUUACCAUACAGCCACCUAUGAUUAUGACGGCCCACGAGCUGGACAUCGAGUAGUGAGUGUGGCCGAAGCGCCAUACCUUGAUAUGAACAGCGUUGGACGCGAUGAGGCACUCUACGGGAAGGCGUAA